UACAAAGGAACUUGGUUUGUAUAUCGCUUAUGGCGCUAUUAUUACAAUGGCAGUGGCACCUAUUUAUGCAGGAUCACUUGCGUCCAUCGGUGGCAUGAAGCGACCUGCCAACGCUGCCAAGGCCAAGAAGAGUGGUUCGCCAUUAGAUGAAUCAGAUGAUGAGGAUGAGUCCGUUUCCGAAAGUCUUUCUUCCGGUGAUGCUUACAUGUUUCCCGUGAUUGGUUCUUGUGUCUUGUUCUCCAUGUACCUCGCCUUCAAAUUCUUGGAUAAGAAAUACAUCAAUUAUGUCUUGACCAGUUAUUUUUCUGUAAUGGGAUGUGCUGCCGUAACCAAGACCUUUUUGAUGGUCUUUAAGAAGAUCACACCCGUCUCUUGUCUCAAGAACGUUGCUAAAUACAAGGUGACGAUUUCCAAGCGAUCCAAGAAUGUCUCUCACAUUAGCUUUACCGUGAUUCAUGGAUUCUUGAUUGUGGCCUCUCUUGUAUUGACAGCUUAUUACAGCUACACCAAAAACUGGAUUGCAUCCAACAUCUUUGGUCUUUCAUUCUCGAUCAACGCAAUUCAACUUUUAUCACUUGAUUCAUUCAAGACCGGUAUGAUUUUAUUGAGUGGAUUGUUCUUUUACGAUAUCUUCUGGGUAUUCUACACACCCGUUAUGGUUUCUGUUGCUACCAAUUUCGACGCACCCAUCAAGCUUUUAUGGCCUCGCGAUAUUCUUGAAUUUCUCUUUGCACAAGCAGAAACCAACCGAUUCACCAUGUUGGGUUUGGGCGAUAUUGUGAUUCCUGGUAUCUUUGUUGCUUUAUGUCUCCGUUAUGAUCGUCAUAUGUCUUGGAAGCGUAACCCUGUUGGUCAAUUCAGAUCAUUGGAUUUCUCCAAGCCUUAUUUUACUUCCGCUAUGGUGGCCUAUGUGCUUGGUUUGGGUACUACCAUGGUCGUCAUGCAUUUCUUUAAGGCUGCUCAACCCGCUCUGCUUUAUCUUUCUCCUGCUUGUAUUCUCUCUGCUUUAAUCACAGCAGCCGUUCGUAGUGAAAUCAAGGAACUUUUCGAAUAUACCACUGAAGAGGAGAAGGAAGAAGAGAAGAAGGAUAGCAAGAAGAGCAAGAGAUCUUCCAAGGCUGUUGAGGAAAUCACACUUGAAGAAGAUAAGGAGGAAGCACAAGAGGCACUUCAGUUGGAAGAGAUUGAAUUAGAGGAAGAAGAGGAGGAGGAAGAGGUUAAGAAGACUCCUAGUAAAAAGAGAAACAAGUCAAAAAAGUAGAAUAAAACAAGAGAACGCGUUUUUUUUUUAUAAA